AUGAGGUUCCGCAUCUACAAGCGGAAGGUGCUGAUCCUGACGCUCGUGGUGGCCGCCUGCGGCUUCGUCCUCUGGAGCAGCAAUGGGCGACAAAGGAAAAACGAGGCCCUCGCCCCGCCGCUGCUGGACGCCGAGCCCGCGCGAGGUGCGGGCGGCCGGGGCGGGGACCAUUCGGCUGUGUCCGUGGGCAUCCGCCGGGUCUCCAACGAGUCGGCGGCUCCGCUGGUCCCCGCGGCCCCGCAGCCGGAGGCGGACAACCUGACGCUGCGGUACAGGUCCCUGGUGUACCAGCUGAACUUCGACCAGACGCUGAAGAAUGUAGAUAAGGCCGGCUCCUGGACCCCUCGAGAGCUGGUGCUGGUGGUCCAGGUGCAUAACCGGCCCGAUUACCUCAGACUGCUGCUGGACUCCCUCCGGAAAGCCCAGGGCAUCGACAGCGUCCUCGUCAUCUUUAGCCAUGACUUCUGGUCGACAGAAAUCAAUCAACUGAUCGCUGGGGUGGAUUUCUGUCCGGUUCUGCAGGUGUUCUUUCCUUUCAGCAUUCAGUUGUACCCCAACGAGUUUCCAGGCAGCGACCCCAGAGAUUGCCCCCGAGACCUGGAGAAGAAUGCAGCUUUGAAGAUGGGAUGCAUUAAUGCUGAGUAUCCCGACUCCUUUGGCCAUUAUAGAGAGGCCAAGUUCUCCCAAACCAAACACCAUUGGUGGUGGAAGCUGCAUUUUGUAUGGGAAAGGGUCAAAGUUCUUCGAGACUAUGCUGGCCUCAUACUUUUCCUAGAGGAGGAUCACUACUUAGCCCCAGACUUUUACCAUGUCUUCAAAAAGAUGUGGAAGUUAAAGCAGCAAGAGUGUCCUGAGUGUGAUGUUCUCUCCCUGGGGACCUAUACGGCCAGUCGCAGUUUCCAUGGCAUUGCUGACAAGGUAGACGUGAAAACUUGGAAAUCCACAGAGCACAAUAUGGGUCUAGCCUUGACCCGGGAUGCGUAUCAGAAGUUGAUUGAGUGCACAGACACUUUCUGUACUUAUGAUGAUUAUAACUGGGACUGGACUCUUCAAUAUUUAACUGUAUCCUGUCUUCCAAAAUUCUGGAAAGUGCUGGUUCCUCAAGUUCCUAGGAUAUUUCAUGCUGGAGACUGUGGUAUGCACCACAAGAAAACCUGUAGACCAUCCACCCAGAGUGCCCAAAUUGAGUCACUCUUAAAUAAUAACAAACAGUACUUGUUUCCAGACACUCUAACUAUCAGUGAGAAGUUUGUGGCAGCCAUUUCCCCACCUAGGAAAAAUGGAGGGUGGGGAGAUAUUAGGGACCAUGAACUCUGUAAAAGUUAUAGAAGACUGCAGUGAAAAAUCACAAUUACAAAAGCAAAAGUGACAGUCUUCUAUUUUUGAUAUUUGUCCAAACAGGAUAAACAAUUGAAUAAAAAGGGUUUAGGAACUGGUUUCUGCUUUAAUACAAAAAAAAACAAAAACAAAAAAAUAAUUCUUGUAAAAGAUGUCCAAAUAUAGUAAUCUUUUCCUUCUAUGUCUGACAAAAAUUUAAACAGAAGUUUUCAUUUCAGGAGUUGGGUUUUAAAGUUCAAUCUGUAUCAGCUAAAGGUAAUCAUUGUUAACCGGUAAAAGAAAAGAGGAGAAAUUUUAUUUAAAUUGCAUCUCUUAAUCUUUUUAUCUGGAACUUUGUACACUUUUCCACUUUCAAAACUUAUUUUAAGUACAGCAAACUUUAUUUAAAAUUGUCAUAACAGUAAAAAGUAUUACAAUAGAAUCAUUAGAGUAUUAAUGGAGCAAGCCCAAUUUCACUCGACACGGUUACUAGGAAGGGUUUGCUUCGCUGGUUUUAUAAUUCAAAAGUUAUGUUUGUUAAACACCCUAUCAGAACAGACAUUUUCAGUAUUACAGAUUCCUGUAUUAUUGUGUUAAGAUUUGCCUGUGCUUUGGAACCUUCAUAGAACACACUUUCUUUUGGAAUGUAUUUGAUAAGAAAGUUGAAACACUGUUUUCACCUCAAUGUAGAAAUACAGUGGGUUUUUUUUUUUUCUUUUAGUGCUGCCAAAAUAAAAUAACUCAUUUUUGCAUAAAAAGUUCCUAAUCAUUUUGUAGAAGAAAUUUUGUUUACUCUUUACACCAAAAUUCAGUAAAGGCAUUCUAGAAGUUUUAUAGUUUGCAUCAUAUCUUCAUAUGAACCCUUUGUACAUCAUACAACUGAAUUUGAAUUAAAGAAAACCCCACUCUUGACAAUGCAUUCCCUUUGGAAGAAACUGGCUUUCAAAUUAGCCAAGCAUAGCCAAUGAACAAUAAAAAGCUGCCUUGUAAGUGAAAUACAGCCUAAAUUGUUUUCGAGAACCAGCAAUGAUAGAAAGUUCAGUCAUGCUACAGUGAAACAUGUUCUAGUGCUGGCUUUAUUUUAACUGAAAUCAUACUUUUUAAAAAGGCACACACAAUAAUAGGAAACAGGCUUAAAAUUUAUUCUAUAUUUAAUGUGGAAGUUUCUCUUAACAGUAUAUAAUUGCAUUCAACCAGAAAUUACUCAAAGAUUAAUUUCUGUGUAGAUAUGACAUCAUUUCAACCCCAUGGAAAUUAUGUAUUAAAUGGACAGUUUUGAAAUGAUUUCAUCAAAUUAAGAGUCAUUAUGGCGGAAAAAUGCAUACGGUCAUUUUAGGUGGACCAAAUAGUUCUCUUACUUUAUAUGCUACCUUUAUAUUACCCUCAUAGCCCAAUCUGGUUCCAGAUUUUAGAGGGGUUAUAAAUAUAAAUCAGGAUGAAUUGCCAGGUUUUGUACUACCUUUUGGUGCUCUGAUCUGACUUUCCCCAGUUCAAAGGACUAAAGAGAUUAGGUAAUUUCCAGGACUAAGGUAGGGCCAGACCUUUGAAUUAGUAUCUUUUUUUGAAACAUAGAUAAAUCAGCUCAUGGUCUUGGUGUCAGCAAUUAGAUCAACAAAUUCUUUCCUUUCUACAUUCAUGCUGUAUUAAAAAUUUUUGUGAGAAAAAAAUUAUUCGGAUUUUCUCCUGGCCUCCAAUAAAAAUAUUAUUCCACAAAACUAAUAAUUUAAGAUACAUUAUCUGCUACCCUUUUUGAGAUAUUGCAAGAAAAACUAACUAGAAACCACUGGCUGUUUUGUUUCCAUGUAAUACAGCAAAGACAGUUUUCCUAUGGGAACAAAUUCCCAGAUUUUUUAUUAUUCUAAUAUUAGUAAAUGUAGGCUGGCUGGCUGGCUGCAUCAGUUGGAGUAUGUGACUCUCAAUAUCGGGCUUAUCAAUUCAAGCCCCACGUUUGGGUGUAGGGAUUACUUAAAAGCUUUUAAAAAUAUUCAUAAAUGUAUUCUGUAAGACCAAGAAAUGUCUUAAUACUGCAAUAGUAACUUCCAAAAACACCUUUUAAGAAGUUCAGUUUCCAAAAGUAUCACUAUAUCACCUGUAUUUUGUGUGUGACAGAUAUGAGAAGAGUAAAAUACAGAGUUGAAGCAAAAAUACUAAAUUUCAUUCAGUGUAUUUGUAUUGUAAUUGUUUGGAUCGUUAAUAUUGGUUGGUAAACUUCUAAGAAUCUCUGUUUCAAACAUAAAUAUGUUCUAUUUAGUGAAACUUAUAAAUGCAUAGUUUUGAGAUUCUAUCCCACCACACACACACACUGAUUAAUUUCCAGUUAAUUGCAUUCUUGAGAAUUUUUGUAACAGACACAACUUAGUGAAUAUUUACUUUAAAACUUUAUUAAAAGUUAUGGUAAAGAAAAGAAGCCAAAAACAAACAGAAGCAAAUAUAUACAGGUUGUAUUAAAACUAUAUGUUUAAUAACCCUCCAUUAGAAAAAGUACACAUCUAUCAGAGGAAUCACAAAAAUCACCAUAAUUAAGGAAACUCUGUAUAAAUUAUACAUGCAAAAAAUAUCGCCAGUUUCCCCAUUAGAAUCAAAAUUGAAAAUUUUAAUUUUAUACUUUUUUAAGUACUUUGUUUUACAAUAAUAGUUAACAGAAAAAUAAUCUAAGUCCAAAAAACUUUACUCUUAACUUUUAAAUUCUAAAAUUAUAUAGAAUUAAUCCAAGUCAUACAGCAAAGAAUUAUGAAAACUGAAUGCACAUUGAGUCACAUGAUCUUUAAUAAACUGCACACUACCAUCCUGCA